AUGAGUUUGCAUGUCGGUAACGGUUUGCAGCAAAUGGAGAAGAAACAAUGUGUCUCCUCGUGCCUGCUGCUGACGUCGCUGCACGUGCGAGGGCCCCUGCCCCUUCCGUCAGCGCGGUCGUUAGUUGCCAGUGUUUGUGUCGGUACUUCUUCCAUUACGACAGAUGUUUUGCAGCCCGUGAUGUCAGAUGAAGUGAGUGGUUCUUCCGUGCCUUUGUCUCCGGUGUUUCAGCGCGCUUCGUCGACUCAUCAGCGGUUGGCCUCCGCCAGCAGUGUUAUUGGGUUGGAACCCCUUCGCAUUAUGUUUCCUCUCAUCGACGACGACGCAUGUCACGGUGACGGCGGCUCGGGUUCUGCACAACCGCACAAGUACGAGUUUUGUAUAGGAUUGCGCGAGGCUGAUAGCAAUGCGUUAUUAGGCGUCGCCAUAUGUACGCGGUCGGGCGCGUGGUUCCCCUUCAAACCAUGUGGGGGAUCUGCACGUAUAACGUUUAGAUACUGUGAGCAGAUGGAACGGAAGAAUCGAAUACUGCGGCACUUACAGGAGGCGCAGUUGUAUCCAACUUCUUCUGACACGAAGAUGCAGUCCGAUGCUUCGUGCAAGCUGGAGGCCUCGUCUUCCUUCCUUGCACCUACGGCCUCCUCUGUUCUCUCAGCAAGUACAUCCUUCGUGGACGGUGGCGGUCCGGGGAAGGGUUCCAGGCCCACACACAGUGGCUUGUCGGCCACCGAUGCACUUGCCGUUGCGCGGCCGCAUUCAGCGUGUUCCUCGCCAAACUUUCCGCUGCUUCCUGCAACCGACACAAAAGUCAAACCGGAAAAUGAACAUUCAAGUCACAUUAUGUCCGUUCCCAACGUUACAACUGAGGGACCACGUCACCUUGCGAGUUCGAAUGUUGCCACCAGUCAAACAUGCAAGAAGGAACCGCGCAGAAAUUAUCAUUGUGGAUUAAAUCCUAUCUCUGUAAAUGGUUUCUUUACAACAUCUGAUCCGUGCCCCCCUGGUGGGUUGCGGGAGCGUGAGGGCCAGCCGCGCAGCCUUGUCUUCUCGAACAUACAUGUGAAGGGCUUCUUUCCACUUUCCCUAACCGGUAGUUGGCGAUUGGAGUUCCUAAUACCGCACCCCUGCAUACCGGUUACGAAGCACACGGUAACUGUGCCAGCUACCUUCGACACAGACGGCAGCAGCGCACUUCGUGACACUCUCACGGUUGACCUUCCGUUAUUCCUUAGAGGUGAGGUGCAGACGCGGCUGCGCGCCACGUGGGUCGACAGCAAUAAUUUGGACGAUAUAACGGAGGUACCCACGGUGGUGGAGUUUGACCCUAUUGUUAUCAAAGUAGGAGGAAGUGAGGUGUGUCAGCAGGAAAGGCGUUACCACAAGCUAGUUAGGCACAGUGCGGAGAAGUUCACGCUGUCCGAACUCGGCGUGCAACUGCUAGUGGCAUUAAAGUAUUUUGCCCCUCAUCGGGAGGGACAGAACGGUCGACCCACCAGCGCACAUUCAGACGCUCGACUUUGGAGGUCUGCGAUGGCUUGGAGGGAGGGGGAAAAGGAUGCUGACGCUGUGAAAACUAAGGGUAACGGUCUUGGCAAAGGAGGGGACGGAGCAGAUAUGGACGUACGUUUGCCUGAACUACAGACAGCUGCAACUCCAGAUGGGAAGAACAUGAGCAAAAACAGUAUAUUUACUGAGGAAGCGAUGUCCGCAAAGGCCCUUUCGUUUGGUGAUAACGCUAGCCAAUCGAAUGCCCACAGGAGUCCACCUUCCAAGGAGGUGCCUCCUCCACGACGGGCUUCCAAAGAGGAAGUUCGUAACCCAGGAAUGGGCCACUUUAGUACGCUGAAACCUGCAACUAAUGCACAAUUGGUUGCGUCAAUGGACGAUUUAGUGCCGUGCUACACUGAAGAGCAGCGGAGGGCUGUUUUUGCUCUCUACGACACUAACAACAGAGGCUACAUGACACAGGAGCAAAUACUUCACUUCUGUCGUGCUCAUGUAGCCCUGUUCGAUGGACACCAAAACGAUGCGAAUAUUGUGCGGCUACUUCAAUCUCUGUUCCCCCGAAUGCCCCGGAGGCGUAUGAAUGCUACAGAGGCCGCUGCAAAAGCCACAUCCUCCUAUUUACUGCAAUCCCGUAAGCCUUGUGCACCGGCGCUGGAACAGCGCUUAAAAAAUAGAGGACUACAAACACCAAGUGGGCGUCCGACAUCAGGUCAGCACACGGCGGGUGGCUCCCCACAGGGCGCGUUAGGCUUGCCGAGGAGGUGCAUAACGUAUGACAUAUUUGAGGUUAUUGCCCUUCGCCUUGCCGGAAUGUAG